CUCGGCCACCUCCACACACAAAAUGAAGCAGAGAUUCUCCUCUCUAGAUGUUAAGGUCAUAUGCCGCGAACUCUCCGCCGCUGUCGUCGGGCUGAGAGUAUCGAACAUUUAUGACCUCUCUUCGCGCACUUACCUCUUCAAAAUUGCGAAGCCCGACGUUCGUAAACAGUUUAUCGUUGACUCCGGCUUCCGCUGCCACAUCACAGAGUACUCCCGCGUAACUGCACCUGCACCAUCACACUUCGUUAGUCGUCUAAGAGGAUUCCUGAAAUCCCGUCGAAUCACUGCCGUCUCUCAGAUUGGCACAGAUAGAAUCGUUCAUAUUGAAUUUAGCGAUGGGUACUACCACUUAUUCCUGGAGUUCUUCGCAUCCGGAAAUAUUAUUUUGACAGAUAACGAGUAUAAGAUUGUUGCACUACUGAGGAUCGUGCCCGAGGGCGAAGACCAGGAUGAAGUCAGGCUUGGGUUGAAGUACAGACUGGAUAACAAACAGAACUACGAGGGAGUGCCCCCACCGUCCGUGGACCGACUGAAAACUGCACUGCAAAAAGGAAAGGAGCGGGAUGCUUCUAUAUCAGAACCCGCCAAUAAGAGGGCCAAAAAAAAGCAGGAAGAAGCUUUAAGGAGGGCGCUAUCCCUUGGUUUUCCUGAAUACCCGCCGGUGCUCCUUGAGCAUGCCCUGCAUGUUACUGGUUUCGAUUCCAGCCUACGACCUGAUCAGAUUCUGGAGACAGGUGAUAGGGUGAAUGACUUAAUGCGUGUUCUUCGGGAGGUUGAGAGCGUUUCAAACGAGUUAUCUACGACGGAACAAACUAGAGGGUACAUCGUCGCGAGAAAUGAAAAUAAACCAUCAGAAAACCCAAGUUUCAGCGGAGAAGCAAAGCCGGACAAAUCAAACUACAUCGAUUACCAUCCAUUUGCACCUAGGCAGUUUGCGGAUGGUAAUGACAUUAGUAUAUUGACGUUUGACAGCUUUAACAAAGCUGUGGAUGAGUACUAUUCGUCCGUAGAAACCCAGAAACUCGAGUCCAGGCUUACGGAGCGAGAAGAGACGAUGAAGCGCAAGCUCGAAGCCACAAAAAGAGACCAUGAGAAAAGGGUUGGAGCUCUACAACAAGUCCAAGAGAUACAUACUCGAAAAGCCGAAGCUAUUGCGACGAAUUUGCGGAAAGUGGAGGAGGUUAUGAAUGCUGUUAAUGGCCUGAUUGCCCAGGGAAUGGACUGGGUUGAAAUUGCCCGUCUAAUUGAAAUGGAGCAGAGCCGGCAAAAUCCAGUUGCUAAAUUGAUAAAACUCCCGUUGAAGCUGUACGAAAAUACAGUUACAGUAUUGUUGCCUGAGGGACAGUUAGACGAGGAAGAUGAUGACUCUGAGGAAUCUGACGAGGAAGAUGAAGAGAAUGAUGGCGAAGCAAAGACAAAGCCGCAAAGACCCGAGGUUCUCAGUGUCGACAUAGACUUGGGUCUAACACCAUGGGCCAAUGCAAGCCAAUACUACGACCAGAAGAAGACGGCUGCCGUAAAAGAGGAGAAGACCAUCAAAGCUUCCAAGCAAGCUCUCAAAAGCGCUGAGAAAAAGCUAACUACGGAUCUUAAGCGGGGGUUGAAGCAGGAGAAACCGGUACUAAGGCCUGCAAGGAUACCAUUCUGGUUUGAAAAAUUCUACUUUUUCAUAUCUUCAGAUGGCUAUCUUGUCCUUGGUGGUUCGGAUGACCGGCAAAAUGAAAUCUUGUACCACCGCCACUUGCGUAAAGGCGAUGUAUACGUUCAUGCGGAUAUGGAAGGUGCAAUACCGCUGAUUGUGAAAAAUAAACCCGGAGCUUCUGAUGCCCCCAUACCUCCGGGGACGCUUGCACAGGCUGGCACGUUUACCGUAGCCACAUCUCGCGCCUGGGAGUCGAAAGCAUUAAUGGGAGCCUGGUGGGUAAACGCUGAUCAAGUGUCGAAAACCACUCCGUCUGGAGAAUAUUUAGCAACCGGCGGCGUGGUUAUUCGCGGGGGGAAGAAUCAUUUAGCUCCCGGCCAGCUUAUCCUUGGAUUUGCAGUGAUGUUCCAGAUUAGUCCGGAAAGCGUAAGGAAUCAUACGCGACACCGUCUGGAGGAGCCUGUUUCGAGCGAAAUGACCGUUAAAAAUGAUCAUCGGAAUGGUACCCAUGAACCAUCGGAAAUGGAGAAAUUGGAAGAAAGCCCGAAUACUGCGGUUGACAACUGCUCAAUCGGCAAAGUGGGAAUGGAGCAGAAACCAAGAGAAAAUACUUGGGAUCUCCCUGUUGAACAAAGUGCACAGACGGGAAUUGCGCCACAGGUGAAGGAGCCGCAGGGGGAAGCCGGUUUGUCUAGAGAGGACAAAGAUACUCUAUCGGAUCCUGACCUGCAACAGCAACUAGCUGCUUUUGGCGCUACAACGAAGCAUGUGUCUGCACAAGAGAGAAGAUUAAUGAAAAGGGGUGCAGGGCUACAUGCCUCUGCCCUUCCUGAGCUAGGAUUAGACGAAGAAGACGAAGAUGAAGAGGAAAAUCAGUCAACACCGUCAACAUUCAAGCCAUCCGGAACGCCGACUCUGUCUAUUCAAUCAACCUCUACAUCAAAGAGCCAGCUGCCAGUUCGCGGCAAACGCGGUAAGGCCAAGAAGCUUGCAUCGAAAUACAAGGAUCAAGACGAAGAAGACCGGGAAUUAGCUCUUCGGUUACUUGGUUCUACGCCGAAAACGACCACGCCGAAAAAGACGAAAGAAGAUAGAGAAGCGGAGAUACAAGCGCAAAAGGAACGACGUAGGGCACAGCAUGAUAAGGCGGCACAGGCUGAGCGACGACGCCAGGAAAGCUUCCAGAAACGACCAGAAGGACAGAAUCAGGCCUUAGAUAUGGCCGAUGCUGAGCAGGUAGUGGAGGACUUAUCAAGCUUGCCGGCGCUAGUCGGCACUCCAGUUUUAGGGGAUGAGAUUAUCAGUGCUAUACCCGUUUGUGCGCCAUGGUCGGCGCUUGGACAAUACAAAUACCGAGCCAAGUUGCAACCUGGGCCUACUGGGAAGGGCAAAAUAGUGAAAGAAAUACUAGGAAAAUGGAUUGUGGACGCUUCUGCUGUUGUUAAGGCGAAGAGACUGCCCACUUCGACCUCAGGAGGGAGUAACUCAGGAGAUCAGGAGAAGGAAAGCCCCGACGAGCCCAAACCUAAGGAGAAUGAUCAACCGAACCUGACAACAGUGGAAUUAGAACUGCUGAAAGGAUGGAGAGAAGCGGAGAUUAUAAACUCACUGCCCAUUGGCAAAGUAAGGAUUGUGUCCGUUGCCGGAGCAGGAGGCAGUGUUUCAAAUAUCGAUGAUGGAAAAGGGAAGGGGAAAAAGGCCGGUGGAGGUUCCGGAAAAGGAGGAAAAGGUGGUGGGAAGGGAGGGAAGAAGCGAUGA